GUUGAGGAGGACCGGUGAGUCGCGGAGGGGCUGAGACGGGGCGCACGAUGGGACUUUUCGGGGGAAGGGCGGGGGUUGGUCAACGCGACGGCAUCAGGUCAUGAAACAUCACCGGGCUCAUCCCCCUAAGGCAUGGAAGUCUGUCAGAGAAGGAGCUGCACAAAAGAAGAGCAAGUCACAGCAGCACCCAGAACCUUCCAGCAAAAAAGCGGAUGGAGGACAAAAACUGGGACAAGAGAAAGAGGUCACACAGCCAGCCAAGAAGAGAGAGAAGCGACAGGGGGAGCAGUCCCUUGAAGGUUUUUGGAGCACAAAAAAAGUGAAGUUGUCCCCUGGCAAAACAGCAGCCUGGCAGCUACUCCCAGACAGCAGCAUCAACCACCUGGGAGGCGUGAUGGAUUCAGUAAUAUUAUCCAUUCUGAGUAAAUCAGUACAAGAAAAAGAUGACAUUCAAAAGCACCUGAACCUUCUGAAGGAAAGGCUUCUGAGACAUUACAAGACCCUGAAGGUGCCUACUGGGAAGCUAAGCAACCUGAAAAAUGUGCUGAGUCUUAAGGUGGCAGAGAAACAGAAUCUCUCAUCCAAUGAAGAGGCUAUGGCACUACUGCAGGAAGAAAUAACCACAGUUGUGCAAACUGCUGAGAACACAGACGAGAAUAUUCAGAGCCUGCAGGACAAAAUACAGACUCUCAGGAACCGGUUAGAGGAAGCUGAGAACAAGGCUAAGAAGCUGUUCCAGAAAAAUGAUACAGGAGUCCUCAGUCUUCCAGAACUCCCAAAGCACAGCCUGACAGCACCCAUUCUGCAGGAGGAGAUUCUGAAAAUCCAAGACCAGAAAGGUAUUCUGAAGGACCUAAGCACCAUCCAGCACUCAGCUGAGAUGAAGAACAUGUUGACCCUCCUUGAACAGGCCUAUGAGAAGGUGGACUCCCUUUGAGGAAUCCGUACACGAAGUUAUGCUGAGGCAGGCUUUAUUUCAUGGUCCAGCAGGUGUUGAUCCUGUGACAAUAUUUUUUGCUUCUAAAGACUUGCCUUCUGCAAUCACCAAGUGUCUAUUAGUCAAUCGUUUAUUAGCCAGAUAUUGGCACAAUAUAUUGAUUGUUGCCCAGUGGGACAUUAGUGACAUGCUGCUUUUUCACUGGUGUAAAGACCAGACAUAUAAAACCUAGCUCAUCCAGAAAAGGAGCACUUUUAAAUAGUGUAUACAUUAUCUAUUAAUAAACUGGAUUAUGGCUGUUA